AUGGCCCCGCUGCUGGCGCUGCUGCUGGCCGCCCUGCUGGGCUCGGGCCGGGCGUGCCCGGAGCCGUGCGCUUGCGUGGACAAGUACGCGCACCAGUUCGCCGACUGCGCCUACAAGGAGCUGCAGGCCGUGCCCGCGGGGCUGCCCUCCAACGUGACCACCCUGAGCCUGUCGGCCAACAAGAUCAGCUCGCUGCCGCGCGGCGCCUUCGCCGAGGUGACCCAGGUGAGCUCGCUGUGGCUGGCGCACAACGAGAUCGCCGCCAUCGAGCCCGGCGCGCUGGCCGUGCUGGUGCAGCUCAAGAACCUGGACAUCAGCCACAACCAGAUCGCCGAGUUCCCCUGGCAGGACCUGCGCAACCUGAGCGCGCUGCAGCUGCUCAAGAUGAACAACAACCGCAUGGCCUCGGUGCCGCCGGGCGCCUUCCGCACCCUCAAGGACCUGCGCUCGCUGCGCAUCAACAACAACCGCUUCGCCACGCUGGCCGAGGGCAUCUUCGACUCGCUGAGCUCGCUGUCGCACCUGCAGAUCUACAACAACCCCUUCGAGUGCUCCUGCGCGCUGCAGUGGCUGAAGCGCUGGAUGGAGAGCACGCUCAUCUCCAUCCCCGAGAAGGACUCCAUCGCCUGCGCGCUGCCCGAGCGCCUGCGGGGCGUGCCGCUGGCCCGGCUGCCCGACCUGCGCUGCGCCGCGCCCACCGUGCAGCUCAGCUACUCGCCCAGCAGCCUGGACGCGGCCGAGCUGCCCGACGGGCUCACGCUGAGCCUGCACUGCGCCGUGAGCGGCUCGCCGGCGCCCGAGGUGCGCUGGAAGAUCCGCACGGGCUCCCAGAGCCUGGAGCUGCUCGGCGGGAGCGGCGCGGAGAGCGCGGCCAAGGAGGAGCCGCAGCAGCAGCAGCAGCAGCGGGAGCCCGAGCGCUUCGCCGUGUUCAAGAACGGCACCCUGGUGAUCCCGCGCCUCAGCAAGCGGGAGGAGGGCACCUACACCUGCGUGGCCACCAACGAGGUGGGCAGCAACCACUCGUCGCUCAGCUUGGCGGUGGCGGGCGCGCAGAAACACCCGCUGGUGCCCGGCGGGGACAAGCAGGCGGGCGACAAGAAACCCGGAGCCAAGGGGGCCAAGAACAGCGUGCUGACCCCGGAGGAGAGGGGCAAAGCGCUGGGCCCCACCCGGCAGAGCCAGCCCUCGGCGGCGGCGGGGCCGGAGCCUGAGCGCCGGGACCGGGUCCCCCUGGAGCCGCCGGUCCCGGGGAAGACGUGCGGCUCCUCUCCGGGCGGCUCCAAGUACGUGUCCAACCACGCCUUCAACCAGAGCGGAGACCUGAAGCAGCACAGCUUCGAGCUGGGCGUCAUCGCCCUGGACGUGGCCGAGCGCGACGCCCGAGUGCAGCUCACGCCCACCCAGCCCGGCGGGGGCCACCUGGGCGUGCUGUACCUGUGCCAGCAGGGCCGCCAGGGCCACGCCCUGCUGCAGUGGUCGCAGAUCGAGGCCGGCGUGAACUCGUACUGGUUCCAGGGCCUGAGCCCCGGCACCAACUACUCGGUGUGCCUGAGCUCGCCGGGCGAGGAGUGCCAGGUGCAGGUGGUGUUCACCACCAAGAAGGAGAUCCCGUCGCUCAUCAUCAUCGUGGUGGUCAGCAUCUUCCUGCUGCUGCUGGCCACGCUGCCGCUGCUGGGAGCCACGUGGUGCCACCUGCUCGCCAAGCUCCAGGCCAAGCCCUACAAGCUCAUCAUGAAGGCGCAGAACCCCGACCAGAUGGAGAAGCGCAUGGCCGCCGACUUCGACCCCCGCGCCUCCUACCUCGAGUCCGAGAAGAACUUCGCGCCCGGAGAGGCCGGAGAGGCCGAGGACGAGGAGGAGGAGGAGGCGGGGGAUGAGGAAGGAGCGCGGUGGCGGCGCGGGAGGGAGGGGGAAGGCGCGGCGGAGCUGGAGCGGGAGGAGAGCGUAGCCGCCAGCUCCAUGGCGGAGUCGCAGUCCAAGGGCGGCGCCGAGGAGUUCGAGGUGCGCUCCGAGUACAGCGACAAGCUGCCCCUGGGCGCCGAGGCCGUCACCAUCUCCCCGGAGAUCAACGGCAACUACCGGCCCCGCUGCCCCUGGGCGCCGAGGCCGUCACCAUCUCCCCGGAGAUCAACGGCAACUACCGGCCCCGGCCCCGCUGAGCCCCCCGAGACCCCCGAGACUCCGCCCGGGGAAAAACAACCCGAGCCAUCCCCGCCUCUCCUCCUCCUCCUCUUCCUCCUCCUCCUCCUGCUGCUCGCCCCUCGGCCCCCGGGCACGCUCGGUGCCGCCGGGAUGAGCCUCCCACCAUUUCGUUUCCAUUUCGGGCUCCGGCGACAACAACGAUUCCCGUUCCCCCGCCUCCCUCUGCCGCCCGCCAGCCCCGGGCGCGCUUUCCCCUCCCAGGAAAGAAACGAAAAAAAAGAAAAAAAACAGCAAAAAACCGCUAAAAGCAGAAAGCCCGAGAGCCCAAAAUUCUCUUUGCUGGAAUCGGUUCAGUCCCCGGCGGUUCCCCGCCGCUUCUCGGUGCUCGGUGAGUCCCCUCUGAUCCCCGGUUCUCUCCUGCCGAGCCCGGGGCUGUCCCCGCUCAUCCUGGAGCUCUCUCCGCUCAUCCCGGGGCUGUCCCCGUUCAUCCCGGAGCUGUCCCCGCUCAUCCCAGAGCUGUCCCCGCCGCUCACCGGGGCGGAGAUGGCCCCGCGGUGGCGCGGCCCAAAGGCUCGGGCCCGGGGGACGGGGAGGGGACGAGCGGAGGAGGAGAAGCCCGGGAAGGGCGCGGGGAGCGGCGGGGCCGAGCUCGGCAGCGGCGACAGCGGCGACAGCGGCGGAAUUCCCCCACCUAUCCACAGGACGAGGAUGGAGGCGCUGCUCGGCGUCGUGGCGCUGGUGACGCUGCUGUCCCCAGGCCUGGCCUGUCCCAGCCCCUGCUCCUGCUCCCCCAAGAAGAACGGGCGCCUGCUGGCCGAGUGCGCCUACCGCGAGCUCCGUGACGUGCCGCGGGGCCUGUCCCCAAACGUCACCAUCCUCACGCUCUCCGCCAACCGCCUGGGCCGCCUGGGCCGCUCCUCGCUGGCCGAGGUGCCCGAGCUGCAGUCGCUGUGGUUGGGCUACAACCACAUCUCGGCCGUGGAGCCCGGCGCCUUCGCCGCGCUGCCGCACCUCAAGAACCUGGACCUGAGCCACAACCGGCUGGCCGAGUUCCCGUGGCAGGACCUGCGCAACCUGAGCGCGCUGCAGAUCCUCAAGCUGAGCAACAACCGGCUGAGCUCGCUGCCCGCCGGGGCGCUGGCCGGCCUGCGGGAGCUGCGCUCGCUCUGGCUCAACGACAACGAGCUCACCACGCUGGCCCGCGGCACCUUCGAGGCGCUGCCGGCGCUGGCGCAGCUGCAGCUCUUCCACAACCCCUUCAACUGCUCCUGCAAGCUCUUCUGGCUCAAGGAGUGGGCCGACAGCACCUCGGUGGUCAUCUCCAGGGCCGGCUCCACGCUGUGCGCCGCCCCGGCCCGGCUGCGAGGCCGCGCCGUCACCGACAUGCCGGGCUCGCUGUGCGUGGCGCCUUCGGCCCAGCUCACCUAUCUGUCCAGCCCCGCCAAAGCCGGGCCUAAGGACGGGCUCACGCUGAGCCUGCACUGCAGCGUGGCCGGCAGCCCCCCGCCCGAGAUCCGCUGGCAGAUCCGCACGGCCGGCGGCCGCCUCGACAUCCACGGGCCCACGGUGGCCAGGGACGGCGGAGCCAAGGCGGGCCGGCAGCGCUUCCUGGCCUUCAAGAACGGCACCAUGGCCAUCGCCGAUUUCGGCAAGGACGACGAGGGCACCUACACGUGCGUGGCCGUCAACGACGUGGGGACGCGCGACGUGUCGGUGAGCGUGGCGCUGGCCGGCUCCGACAUGCCGGCCGAGGAGCUGCCCCGCGACGACCCCCAGGCCGGGCAGCCCGGCGGCCACAGCUGCGCCAAGGGCGACGAGCUGGAUCCUUCCGGAAUGGGAGAGAAGCUGCUCAUCGUGUACCACGUGCCCAGGGAGGUCAGGAGCGCCGGGGGAAGCCGGGAAUUCCGCCCGGGAGUUCUGGGCCUGGCUCUGGGGGUGCUGCUGCUGCUCUGGUGAAGGGGGAGCGGAGCCUCGGCAUUCCCGGUUUUUCCGUAGUUUUUUUUUUUAGCGCCUUUGCUGAGCUUCUGGCACCCGGCAGCGCUCGCGAGCCCCACGGGGCCACCGCAGGCCCACGGAGGGUGGCCCAGCCCCUGGAGUUCCUGGAGAGGCUCAGGGAAUGUGGGGCAGAUCCAGCCGGGAUCCCAAAGUGCCACAUCCCGCUUUUCUCCCUGCCCAGAUCCCAGCGCGGCCGUGGGAGGUGACAGCAGUGACAAUCCCACCCCAGAGCCACCGAGGACAAAAAAUCCCUUCCCCUGGAGGGGGAAAACCGCCUGGGAAUGGGGUCCUGGGGGGCACGGAUGUGACAGAGGAUUGGGAUGGAGCCGCGGCCUUGGAGCAGGAGGGAAUUCCCAGGUUUGAUCCCCGUAGGAGCCCCUGGAAUGCUGCAGGAAUUCCAAUCCCAAAAUCCCGCCUGGGCCGGACCCAGCGGGCUGCCCCACUUGAGCCAAAGAUUCCCAAACCAUUCCCAGUGGGAAUGGGGGAAAGACUGGGAUGUUCCCAAAUCCCUCGGGCAGGAUUUGGGAUCUUCCAUCGCCCCCGGACUGGGACACAGCUCCGGUGCCACCGGAAUUCUCGGUGGGAAUUCCCUGCAGCCCCCUGGCCUUGUAGCGCCCUGUAGGGACAGCAAUAAAUGCCUUUAAUUAACGCCUUUAAUUAAUGCCUUUAAUUAACGCCUUUGAUUAAGAAAUACCUGUAACAAACACCUUUAAUAAAGAAGCCAUUUUAAUAAAUACCUUGAAUUAAUAAUCACCUUGAAUUAAUAAUCACUUUUUAUAAACACCUGGAAUAAACUCUUUUUUGUUUUUU